AUGUUUUGGAAUUAUGACGCUGAAAAAAUCCAUGUUAUACGGACCGGUGAAAAAGAAGGUGUUCUGGAGACGAGCGACGGACGAUUCGAAUUACAUUGCAAUGACGGAAGUUUUGAAAAUAUUCUAAACUUUCAAGCCGUUAGCAAUCAAAUUGAAAAUCCAACAGAAAUGUGCCAUUGUUUGACAUCAUCGCUGCAAGUCUUGGAGCUAACGGGGAAUUUUGAGGAAACAUUUGAUACCGAUCUACUUGAACGAUUCACCAAUUUAACCCAUUUAUCGUUAAAGGGAACCCAAUUGAAGAAAUUCGACUUGAAUGUGAUGAAGAAUCAUAAAAAUCUCAGCAUUAUUCAGCUGCCCGGCAAUAAUUUGACGAAAAUUGACAAUCUCAAUGUUUUGGACAACUAUGAAUACCCCAUAAAUUUGGAUAUUUCCGACAAUCAAUUGGAAAAUGUACCCGAAAUCCUGAAACAUUUGACAUCAAAAACGGUUGAUUUGAAUUUAAGCGGCAAUUUUGUGGGAAAAUUGAAUGCAACCACGUUCGAACGAUUCAAAGACAUGAAAAGACUGAUAUUGAAGAAUUCGAGCGUUUCAUUUGAUGAUUUAAAGCCAUUUGAACCGUUCGAACUUAAUGAAUUAGACAUAUCUCGUAAUAAUUUGGAAAAUGCUAAUUUUACAUCGACAUCAAUGGCUUUGAAGCAAUUGCAAAUUUUGAAUGUUGGCCACUGUAAAGUUCGAAACAUCUCAGAAGUGGUAAAAGUGCUUGGACCAUCGUUAUUGAAACUGGAUUUGGUGGGAAAUUUUCUGGGUAAAUUACAUGCACAAACAUUUGAUAACAUCAAAAUGGGAUUGAAAGACCUUAACAUGAGCAAUACACAUCUGACAGACGCUGGCAUUGCAGUACUCAAACACCUAACGAAACUUGACAUUUCAAAAAAUAAAGUGAAAAGUUUGAACUUUACGUCAGUAUCGAACCGAUUGCAUACGCUCUACUUGAAUGAAAAUGAUCUCAAAGAAGUGGAUAACCUCACGAAAUCACAUUUUCCAAUGCUGCGCUCUUUGAAUAUCUCGAAAAAUCAAUUUACAUGCGAGUAUUUAGCGAAAUUUAUUGCACAACUCAAUGAAGAGUGGCCACAUUUAAUGAUGUUCGGUGAUCCAUGGGAACAAAAAUAUGAAGGGAAUUGCCAUCCAAUGCAUGAUGAUGUUAUAGAGAAUCCAUAG